AUGGCGGUUCCACCAGAAAUGACCCUCAGAACCUUGAAUGGGAAGUUCACCAUUAACAAAACAUAUUCAGACUCAGUCGACAAGAUGAUGGCUCUCCAAGGCUUCCCAUACCUCAUGCGCAUGGCUGCCCGUACAGCUACCAUUGAACUCACAUUCACUUCAAUCCCCGUCCCUGAGGCUCAAUCUCCCACUGGCCCAUCAAAACUCAAGAUCGCUACCUUACUUUCGGCUGUUGGUAUGUCCCUCGGCAAAGAAAAAGUCGAUGAGCGGCAUAUCGACGGAGUUGCAUGGGAGGAAGAUGACGGGGCUCUGGGACUAGUUGUAGGAAGAGCUUGGUGGUGUCCAUUGGGCGAGUUAUCGCUGGACUUUGAAGGAGGGAAAGAUGAGGGGAAGAGUGAAGGGUUGGAAUUUUUGAAGGGUUUCGAUGGGGUUGUUAAGGAGGGUAGGGAUUUGGGGGAGUCGAAGUGGCGUCUUAAAGCAGGUGAUGGAGAGGGAAUUGAGAAAGUGGUUGAUGGUGGAGAUGAGGUUAUCAGACUUCAGGUUGAGGCGAAGAAGUCGGGUGCGUUGGCGGAUCAUGUGUGGGGUUUUGAGACGGGAUUUGGAGAGGGAGAGGAGAAGGAGAAGAGGAGAUAUACGAGGCGGAUGUUGGCGAGGAAAGGGGAUAAGGUUGAGAUGGCAAAGUUGGUGUAUGAUUACCUUGGGCCGAGUUGA